GAGUAUUCUAUAAAAUUCAGAGAAAGAAACGCAGACGGGGGUGAAGGAACGGACAGAAUCUUGGUCCCUUCGAGCCCAAUAUGAGCUGGAAGUGGGAGGGGAAACAAGCGCUCCCCUGGACGUGCUUUUAUACAUUUUUUAAUGUUUCGCUUUCCCUGUAACGUUAAACUACUUGAAAACAUUGAAAAAUUGGAAAGUAGGGGUGUUAAACAUCCUGUCUAGUUUAUACCAAAGGAAAACUUAUAUGUCUACUCUCCUGGCUUUACUGGAAGCAAGGUCAUCAAUAACAUUUAAAACAUAUGCUUCUUACCUUAUCUCGUUUUCACUUGAUAUAAUUGACAUGUUUGGCAAUUUCUCACGACCCAGUGACAAUCUUAAAUAAUUGUUCAUUAAUUUCAGUUUUCUCUCUUGAAGGACCCCAUCGUGACUGUUUAUCCCCAAAGACUAAUUAAGAAACUUUUCUUCAUUAUUCUGGGUAGACAGCCCACUUCGUAAAACAUCUGUGUUAGACUUUUCAAAUAAAGGAAAAAGAACCUUUCAAACAGUUUACUGAAAGCCGGGAGGCACACUUACUCAAGUCCCUUCAUAAAGAGUAACCCUGAGUUGUGCUCUCGGUGGUCCCCGCAGAUCUGUCUCUUGCUUCAACAGUGUUUGGAUGGAACAGACACAGGGACGCCCCUUGCUCCAGCUUCCGACCACCCCCCAACAUUUUUUCCAGUCGCAAUCUUCAGAAUCAGCCACUCAAGCUAUCCUUGGCCACUGGGACCAACCAACACCAUUUCUGAGCUUAACUCCUUAUUACCGAAUCAACCAUGAGCUCCCAGAUUUGUCAGAAUUAUUCCAUCGAGAUAGAAGCCACUGUCAACCGCCUGGUCAACCUGCAUCCGCGGGCCUCCUACACCUACCUCUCUCUGGGCUUCUAUUUCGACCGCGAUGAGGUGCCUCUGGAGGGCAUAGGCCACUUUUUCUGCGAAUUGGCCAAGGAGAAGUGUGAGGGCAUAGAGCGUGUCUUGAAAAUGCAAAACCAGUGCGGCUGCCUCGCCCUCGUCCAGGACGUGCAGAAGCCAUCUCGAGAUGAGUGGGGUAACACCCAGGAUGCAAUGGAAGCCACCAUUCUCAUGGAGAACCCAAACCAGGCCCUUUUGGAUCUACAUGCCCUGGGUCCCACCCGCGCAGAUCUCCACCUCUGCGACUUCCUGGAGAGCCACUUCCUAGAUGAGCAGGUGAAACUCGUCAAGAAGGUGGGCGACCACCUGACUAACCUCCGCAGGCUGGCUGGGCCGCAGGCUGGGCUAAGCCAGUAUCUCUUCCAAAGGCUCAGACUCAAGCAGCACUAGG